ACAGGUACCCUGUUGGGUUGCCAGUGCGGGGGUCUUGAUCUGGAGGACAGAUAGAGCACGAGACAGAACGAGAAGCAGGGCAGUGUAAAAAUCUAUAUUUCGGCUGCGGAAACAUAGAAAUCCUCCAUAUCAUGAUGAGUCGAGUCCGAGAGGUCGAGAAAUUGAAACGUUCCAUGCUUGUUCGGGCCCGUCUCUUGCAAUGGCGCCUCUUGUCGCGUCGUCGUCCGCCUGCUCGAUGGUUCGUGGGGGCCAACACUAGGGACAAUGCAACUUCCGCAGGAGGAUCGCGGGUCUUGCCUGGCAAUGCGGAGUCCGCGGCAUUAAUCGACAGCUAUUAUCCUGUUUCCUCUCAAAAUGGCGCAGCUUGCCACCACCGUCAAACAAAGAUCCCCUUUUUUUUGCCUCCCCAACAUCCGGCUUCUUAUCUAUCCGAAAUAGCUGUGGCUUGUCCUGAGCUUCUCGAGCAGAUAUUCCAUUAUGUACGCUCCCGUGAGCUUCGGGCCGUUACAGUUGUGGGUCGCCCAUUUAAGUACGAGCUGGACUGCCAAGAGCUUUGGCGGUCGCUCUAUUUUCUCCGGUUCGCCGCGGCAUUUGGAAAAUUCAAGAAUUGGAAGAAUUGUUACAUCCUAAGGGACGAGCGAUGUGAUCGAAUACGGACAUGGCGGAAAUUUUUUGAAGCUUCAAGAGUAAGGGCAGUGUCGGUGGUAUAACAGUAGCUAUGUCGAAAAGAACGAGGGGAGAUAGAAGGCGAUGAAUUUUUAUACAUAAGAGGGCACUUAUGGUGCUGAUUUUCACACGAGGGGAUGUCAUUGUUAAAUGUAAGAGAAUGAAAGUUGACCUUCAGGGUUAGAGUUCACCUUCAGGAGGGCUGGAUAUUUCGGUAGUGUGAUCAGAACAAAGUGCAUCGUGUCCAUGACAAGGUGGUUUAAAAGAGAAUGAGGGUACUUGUCACAUGGAGCAUAAAACACAGCUUAAGACUACUUAGCCAUGCGGGCCCAUCCUGUCACAAAAUAUACCAUGCAUAUGAAAAAAAUGAUAUUCAAGAAUACAAAGAUAGAAAAAUAAUCUUUUUGAAAGUGCUCCAGGAAUCGCCACUGUGCGG